AUGGAAAAUGGAACCAUGCCUUACUAUUUUUAUUUCACUUUGUUCAAGGAUUUUGUUCACAUGAGAUAUCCCAUCCUAAUUUUGACACUUUCAGUUUAUUUAGCAAUUGUAUUAUUUAAUGCCAUCAUUUUGUUUGUGGUGUUUAAAGAGAGAUCUCUUCAUGAGCCAAUGUACAUACUGAUAUCUUGUUUGUCUGCCAAUGAUCUCUAUGGCUCAGCUGGAUUCUUUCCUAGGCUAAUGGUUGAUCUCCUUUUUGAUGCAAACACAAUUUCUAGGCCAGGGUGUUUUGUUCAGAUUUUUAUCAUUUAUACUUAUGCAAUGUCUGAAUAUACAAUAUUAACUCUGAUGGCAUAUGACAGAUAUGUCGCCAUAUGCAAUCCUUUAAAAUAUCAUACAAUUAUGACCCCCAAAGUGACAAUACUGUACAUGGGACUAGCAUCACUUUAUACAGUCUUUUCUAUGAGUCUGGUUAUUUUCUUCUCAGCCAGGUUGCCUUUGUGUGGGACUGACAUAGCAAGACUGUACUGCUCCAACUGGUCUCUGGAUUCGACUAUCUUCAACAACAGUUUUUCUCCUGCCUUCUUCAUCUUCUAUACUUAUGCCAGAAUUUUGAUAAUUUGUCAAAAAAGCCCCAAGGAAUUUAGGGGAAAAGCAUUUCAAACAUGUCUUCCUCACAUUAUAAGCUUUGUUAACUACUCUAUAGCUUCAUUUUGUGAUAUUGCUUUAAGUCGGUAUGAUUCAGACAAAUUUAAGAUUGUGGCUAUCAUUUUUUCAGUGGAAUUCCUGGUUAUCCCUCCUGUUCUGAAUCCCCUUAUUUAUGGCUUAAAUUUACUAGAAAUUCGAAAAACAUUGCAUGCUUGUUUCAGCGAUUUAAAUUUUCGCACCGGAUCAUGUCCUGGCAAUCCAGCAGCUUACAGCUUACAGAUGCUGGGCCUCAUGACCUACAUCAGGGGUGGUGAUCUGGAGCAGAAAGUGCGCCAUCCAGUGGUGAACCCAGGGAAUCUCAGGCAGAUCAUUACAGGACCCCCUCCUUUAGGAACGGCUCCUGACGUUCCCAAUGGCCUUGUUCCCAUGAAGACGGUAAAAGUCCCUAAUAAGAGCCUUGUCCAGGAUGUGGCGAGCAGGGACCCAGGUUCGCUCCUCCGGCCAAAUCCUCCCAGUCCACAAGAAACUGUCGUCUUCCCGAACCAGUCGAGUGUCCAGUAG